CAUGCUAGCGCGCAAUUCACUCCGUCACGACGCGUGCGGUUCUUGCAGUGCCUUUUCUACUUGUUCUUUCGCGUUACCUUUUGCGCUCGUCCACUGAUUGGUGAAGCUGGGACAGCCUGUGUUUGUUUAAUCCUCCUCAGUCAAUCCAGCAUGGCGAGCUUGAAGCCGGGUCCGCAUCCCGCCUCCCCACCUCUACCGCCUCCACCAUCGAACUCGAAACGCUCCAAGUCGGAUCCCCCGCCGAUUACUGUCGAAGAUACCACCACGGGGGCGGUACCGAGGAGGGAGAGCGUGAGGCCUGAAGACUCCGGUCCCUCUGCUACUUCUGCCUCAGCUUCCGCCUCCACCACUGGCUUUCGAAGCAACUUCCAAUUUCCGCAAGAACACGCGCAAGGCCCUCCGGACUCAGACCCUGCGAACCUACGCGCACGGCGCACUUCAACGUGGCAUAGACGAAGACACAGUCCUGGUAUUGAAUGGAAGGAAAAGUGGACACAGGAUAGCUGGAAGAAUGGGCGUGUGUUGUUGAUUGAUUAUGUGGCUAGAGAACAUACACAGAAUGGACGACGGAAGAUUGUUGCACAAGAAUUUGGAGACGUGGACGGGUUGAGGAGGUUCUAUGCGAAUCAAGACUUAUCUCACCAAGCUGCGCUUAGGGUUAUACACGUCCAAAACGCCUCCUGGGCCACCCGCUUUCUCCUUCGCAAAUUCAAUAUUGACCACCACGAUGACCUAGUAGGCACCACAUUCGGUCGCUGGGCGAAGUAUGAACGGCCCCAACGCCGUGGCGGAAAACCUGUCCUCAACGGGAAAACCUUUCGCACUCAGCGUGACCCGUGGCGUGGCAUUUCACGUGCAGCGUUCGGCCUCGACUACCUGCGUCAUUACGACAAAGGGCGCUUCAACAAGAAUGCUGCUCUCAUGAAAUUUCAAGAACUUAAUCACUAUGACUCGUUUGAUGCCCCAGCCUACGGUUAUGACUCUUUUGUGCAGCGACUGAGCGUGUAUAUACAGCGAAGCGAAGGAGAAGCGGCUCUUCCAAUGGAUCCGGACAUCAGAAAUCCAUAUAACGAGAAUGAAGUAAAGGAGUAUCAGAGAUUGCGGAGGCAGUACAGCAAUGAAAAAGGCACGAAUGGACACGACAACUAUAUCCCAAGGCUACAGUCACUUGACAAUGGCAGCACGAUCAUCAUUUUUGAGCACUCCCAAUCCGGGUGCGUAGAGGACACCCUGAUUGGAGCUCGGCAGGAAAUCGAAAGCAGAUGGCGGCGGCUGACUUUCUACCUACCGCGCGAAGAAAUCUCGAAUGACGAGCGCUUGGCCCUCGAGUGCAUGGAUUUUAUCUUGCGAGAUAUAUUCAAGGCGCUAGCCUUCUCGUGGGAGAAGUACCUUAACAUUUGCGAGACGCAUACCAGUAUCUUGGAAGACAAAAUCUACGAGAAUCCCGCAGACGAAUCCAGAGCACCUGAACUGUGGACCAAUUCUAGUCUUUGGCUGAAAGUCGAGCGCCUCAUGUACAUCCACGUCAAUAUCAUCAAGGAAAUGAAAAAUCACCUCAAGGAACUCGCGGACGAAGAUCCACCACAACAAGAAACGUGGUUAGAGAACACAGCGGACGAAUUCGACAAACUGUCAAACCUGAUCGAAGAAGGCAUCGUAAAGCCAACCAAUAAUCUGAGCGAUCUAAUGUACAAAUCAGUCGGCAUCCGUGACGCUCGUCACAGUCUCCAGCUCGGGACCUCCAUGUGGCGUCUCUCUUGGAUCACGUUUAUUUUCCUCCCUCUCACGUUUGUGGUUGGCUUCUUCGGUAUGAACGUGGACACAUUCAGCAAUGACCCCUCAAUCAAAUGGUUCUUCAUCAGCGCCUUCCCACUCAUGAUAACUGUACUCAUUUGCUGGUACGGCAUCAAACACACGCUUGCAUCCCAACGCCAGGAUCCCCUCCGCCGCGGCGUCUACGAAACCCUCUUCCAAGAACUCAGCGCCAAUCACCCAUCCCUCUGGUCCCGUCGCGGCCCUCGUACCGACCUUGUCCCAGUUGGCUGGCUCUCUAGCAUCCGCUGGCGCCUUGUCACGUCCUGGUUUGCACCUGAGCGCACUAUUGCGGCUAAGGGCUACGAUCCCGCUAACGAGGAACUCGGCGUCUGGAGCCGUGUUAAGCGCUUCUUGGUUCGGCAAUGGCUAGGCCGCAUACAGUUCAUGCCGGCCACGCAUGCUUCUGCCAGCGCCCCGGACUUGGAGAGCGCAGCGUUCGAUGCCGAUCUAGGGGCUGUAGGCGAGCUAUUAUCGCUCGCGACGCCAGUGGCAAUGGCGGAGGUAGAUCCAGGGGCGGCGACUCGCAUUGGGCGGAGUAUUCCAUUAAAGAGGCUCAGGAGCCUUAGUCCCACACGGAGUGAUGAUGGGAUUAGAAGUGGAAGUGGAAGCGGAAGUGGAAGACCUGCGAGUUUCGGCAGGUCUGCUAGUGGAGGGGGAGCGAGCGGGGUCAUGGUUGAUGAAAGAGGAUUAAGUGAGGACGAGAGGAGCGAUGCGAGUGGAGGAGAGGAAGAGCCGAGGAGGAGGCAGUUUAUGCAGAGGUUGACUGUGCCGUUUGGUGCAAGCACUACGGCGGGCGGACUGUGAGUGCAAUUGUCCGCAUGAGCUUGGAAAGGAGUACACGAGGCUACCUGGAUAUCUUGUGGUGGAUAAUGGGGGAUAAUGGGGGAUUUGAAGAUAAUCGUAGGUAUAGUAUGC